AUGUAUAAUGGAAUACCAGAAGAACAAAGAAUAGAAGGAGAGAGAUUAGGGUCAGAGUACAGAGGACUGGUUCUGUUAUGCGUUCUCCUGGGGGCCCUAUGGGACAUCCGGGCGGAACAGAUCCGCUACUCGGUGCCAGAGGAGUUGGAAAAAGGCUCCUUCGUGGGGAACAUCUCCAAGGACCUGGGGUUGGAGCCCCGGGAGCUGGCGGAGCGCGGAGUCCGCAUCGUCUCCAGAGGUAGGACGCAGCUUUUCUCUCUCAACCCGCGAGGCGGCAGCUUGGUCACCGCGGGCAGGAUCGACCGGGAGGAGCUCUGCGCUCAGAGUCCGCGGUGUCUGCUAAAAUUUAACAUUCUAGUUGAGGACAAAUUGAAAAUUUUUGAAGUAGAAAUAGACAUUAGAGAUAUUAAUGAUAAUGCACCUAGUUUUCCAACAGAAAAAUUGGAAAUAAAAAUUGGUGAGCUAACAGUUCCUGGGACCCGAUUUCCACUUAAAACUGCCUUUGACCCAGAUGUAGGCAUGAACUCCUUGCAAAACUACAAGCUCAGCUCCAGUGACUACUUCUCAUUGGCUGUGACCAGCGUCCCUGAUGGCAAGUACCCAGAGCUGGUACUGGAACAGGCCCUGAACCGUGACCUCAUUGCCUCUGAUGGUGAUGACCCUGUCAACUCUGGCAACUUGUGCCUCCAAGUGAUAGUGUUGGAUGCAAAUGACAACCCACCCGUCUUUACUCGUCCUGAGUACCAUGUCAGUGUUCUGGAGAAUGUGCCAGUGGGCACUCGGCUGAUCACAGUAAAUGCCACUGAUCCGGAUGAGGGAUUCAAUGCUCAGGUGUCCUAUAUUCUAGAUAAAAUGCCUGGAAAAAUCGCUCAGAUUUUCCAUCUCAAUUCAGUGACUGGGGACAUAUCAAUCUUAAAAAGUCUAGAUUAUGGAGAUGCUACCUUCUAUGAAAUUAAAAUUGAAGCACAAGAUGGGCCAGGUCUUUUUUCAAGAGCCAAGGUUCUAGUCACGGGUUUGGAUGUGAAUGACAAUGCCCCAGAAGUUACAAUCACUUCUCUCACAGGCUCAGUCCCUGAAGAGGCUACUGCAGGAACAGAAAUUGCUCUUAUCAAUGUGCAUGGCCGAGAUUCUGGGCAGAAUGGGCAAGUCACAGUUUUUAUCCUGGGAAAUCUGCCAUUUAAUUUAGAAAAAACAAUUGACCAAUAUUACCGCUUAGUGACAGCAGGAUCUCUGGAUCGAGAACUGGUGUCCCAAUAUAAUAUCAGUCUGAGAGCCACAGAUGGGGGAAGUCCCCCGCUCUCCACGGAAACUCACAUCACUCUGCACAUGGAGGACAUCAACGACAACCCUCCUACCUUCACUCAUGCCUCCUACUCUGCCUACAUUCCAGAAAACAACCCUAGAGGAGCCUCCAUCUUCUCUGUUACCGCCCAAGACCCAGACAGUGAGAACAAUGCCCGCAUCACUUAUUCAUUGACAGACCAUAUUCUCCAUGGGGUGCCACUGUCCUCCUACCUCUCUAUCAAUUCCAACACAGGUGUCCUGUAUGCACUGCGCUCUUUUGACUAUGAACAGUUUAGAAACCUGCAGCUACUAGUGACAGCUAGCGACAGUGGGAACCCUCCACUGAGCACCAACGUGUCGCUAAGCCUGUUUGUGCUGGACCAGAAUGACAACAUGCCUGAAAUCCUGUACCCUGCCUUCCCUACAGAUGGUUCCACCGGCGUGGAGCUGGCGCCCCGCUCCGCAGAGCCUGGGUAUCUCGUGACCAAAGUGGUCGCAGUAGACAAAGACUCAGGACAGAACGCCUGGCUUUCCUACCACCUGCUCAAGGCCAGCGAGCCAGGACUGUUCUCCGUGGGGCUGCACACAGGUGAGGUGCGCACAGCAAGGGCCCUGCUGGACAGAGAUGCCCUCAAGCAGAGUCUAGUGAUGGCUGUGCAGGACCAGGGCCAGCCCCCUCUCUCUGCCACAGUCACACUCACCAGAGUGGCUGACAGCAUCCCGGAGGUCCUGGCGGACCUGGGCACCAUCAGGACCCCCACUGAUCCCUAGGAUUCAGACCUCACACUGUACCUGGUGGUGGCAGUGGCUGUGGUCUCCUGUGUCUUCCUGGCCUUUGUCAUCAUACUGCUGGCGCUCAGGCUGUGGUGCUGGAAUACAAAUCGCCUGCUUCAGGCUGCAAGUAGUGGGUUGACAGGGAUGCCCACUUCACACUUUGUGGGCGUGGACGGGGUACACGCUUUCCUGCAGACCUAUUCCCAUGAGGUCUCGCUCACUGCAGACUCAAGAAAGAGUCACCUGAUCUUUCCCCAGCCUAACUAUGCUGACACGCUCAUCAGCCAGGAGAGCUGUGAGAAAAGCGAGCCUUUUCUUAUAGCUCGGGAUUUACCUGACACAAAAGGAGACCCCAAGCUGUUUGAGGUGAGUUUUUUGUUUUCUUUGAUUAUUAUGAACAAUUAUGCCAGUGUCGUUAUUCUGGAAGCUUAA